AGGUGAAUGUAGAAAUGUCGGAUGAAGAGGGCAAGGACGAAGGUAGGACUCGACCUAUCUACAUGAUAAGUCGUAAGAACAGGACAACUACUUCUAUUAGUACAUGAAGCGCUUUUCUUGUUCGACACAACUAUCCUAUUGGAAUUGGGUUGAAUAGAAACUGUAGUCUUUGAGUAUUCUUAGAAGGACACCAGGAGGAAAAUGGACGAAUUUCAGCAAUAUGUGCAGCCGCAACAGGUGGUGGAUCAUCGACACACCGCUGUCGAUAUGCGCCACCCACGCACUGACGCGGGGCCUCUCCCAUCGUCGGUCCCGGGUCCGAAUGGGUGAGCAGUUUUUUUUUAUUCAAUUAUCGGUUGAUCCAAUCUACGGAGAAUCCAGUACCCUUGUAAGUGUAUAAUUUUUUUCCGCUGAAGUUGAAGAGUGAAAGUUAACAAGUAGCAUUUUGUCUGUCUUCAUGUGCAGAAUGCAAAAACUUUCUUCCUCGUACAAUUACUCCAAUCUGCAGUUCUCAGAAUGACUACCGGCGUCAUGGGUUAGUACCUAUCUAUAACGAUUUCUUUAAUCAUCUUAGGCAGAUUGCCGUUUAGAUGGUUCACAUCGUCACCACUUUCAUGAUGGCGAUAUUUGAUACAGCAGCAACACGGAGCAUUUCCAGUUUGAGCCAGAGGUAGAGGAGAGGAUUAUCGAAAUUCCGAAGCUAGUGGAACAGGUUGUCGUGAAGGAAGUGGUCAUUCCAGAAACGCACAUCGUAGAAGUGGUAAAGGAAAUACCACAAGUGCAAGAAGUCAUCCGGUUAUGAAGAUCAAUGGGACGAUGUUUGAUAAAGAUAUAGAUUAAUUAUCUAUGGGGAUGUUUCUCUUUCUCUUUAGUUAGAUCAUGUAAGAUCAAUGACCCUACUGCGGGAUGCUUGAUCCUGUUCAUAUAGUUUCUUAGAUCAAUCAUGUUGAGGAAUGUCUAGUUGUUGAUAUUUGUUUUUUGCGCAUGAGAGAUCUUCUCCGUGUCUUUCUUGUCCUUUAUCUCGGUGCUACUUCUAGGGGUACUACUCCUAGAGUAUCCACCAUCAUUUUUGUGGACACCUACCUUAACUACAAAGCCUAGCGGACAAGGGCGCAGGUGCAAGACGUCUGUAAAUCUUGCAUCUGCAAAGCAGUGAAUUGAUAUAAUCGUUACUACGCGGCCUUAUUCUAAUGGGUGAGGUGCCUCGAUACGAAUUCAAGGAGGUGAUCAAGGAAAUACCAAAAGUGGAGGUGAAAUAUGUGGAGAAGAAGGUUGAGGUCCCGCAGGUUAUGGUACUAUCGAACUCCAUGAUGGAAAUUUAUGUCCUACAGCAGCUUUCGUGGAAGAUGUGGAAGAUAAUAGACUAGGUAGUCAAUCUCCACUCACACGUUUACGUAUGGGUCAGUAGAGGAUUUGGUUUCCGAUAAAUAGAUCAACUGGCUUAGGCAGCUUUGGAUGAGUUUUAUAUCCUUUGGAAUGCGUGGUUCGCUUUGGAAUGCGUGGUUCGUCCUACAUGUACAUCCUGACAGGUGCGCGACAUCCCAGUAGAAGUGCCGCAAAUACAGGAGGUCUCAAGAACAGUGCCACGAAUCAUCGUCAAAGAAGUACCAAUAGAAAGGGUGCGGAAAGUGCAGAAAGUCAUCUAUCAGGAUGUCGAGGAGAUAGAGUAUCUUUCAGUUCGAAAUACUAGGGGGAUCGUUAUGAUGAUUCCAAGAUACAGCUUCCUCAUCCGCUGAGCAUGUAGUAGAUGUUGAUCUCGAGAGAAUUACUCGACUCUCUUUUGUCUACCUUCUCGAUGUCGGGUUCCAGGUAUGUUCCAGUUCCGUACAUCGUACAAGUCGAAGCGAUAGGUGGUUAUGGCCAAGGCGGUGAGGGGGCAGGCGGCAAAGGUGGGGGUGCAGGUGGUGCAAACGGUGAAGGCGGGAGUGGGGGCAACAACCUCGCUGGAGGCGGUGCGAAUGGAAUUAUGACUCGGGCACAUUUGAAGAUGAAGAGACUAAUAGAGUUGUAACCCCGAUAACUGCCAAAGAAUGAUAAUCUGUUUUGAUUUGGAUUCAGUAGCUGCUACCUAGGAUGAAAAAACCGACUGGGCCUCCUAAUUAUAAAAGAUACAUUUUUUAAGAAUGUGAAGAACUUCAUCUAGAAUUCCUUUAUUCUAAUCUCCAGUCAAAGCGUGUGAAGCAGGAGGUUCACUUAUUCGAGAACGUGAAUCAAAUAACGAAGCCAAAGCUCGUGCCCGUUGAGAAGGAGAUACCCGAAUAUGUACCACAGUACAUAGAUGUGGACGUGGAUCAGUACGGCAUGCCAAUUCGACCCGCGCCGACGCUCGACGUGCUUCUGGCGCAGGGUGUGCCGAUGGAAGUGGCGUGAGGAGUAAAGGCCACGACUGGAAAGAAUCAUGAACGAGUCAUGAGACGGGUGCUGGGCUGGUGUGAGACCACUCAUGUGAUAUCAGUCAUGAGUCUAGCAGUCUAGCACUAAUAGAUUGAUGUGUCUCUCCUUGUCACUUCGUAGAAACAUCUAGAUUUUGGUCAAAUUCUGCUGUCGCUUGAUUGACAAGUCGUGCGGAAAGUGUUGGUUUUCGUUGUGAAUUAAGCUCGCACUUUGUCCGAAUGUAUCCCGAUUCCAUUCCAAGACCAAGGAUCAAAAAUGUAUAGAUACUUAUUCUGCUCGACAAAUGAUUAGGACGUACUAGUACCUCACAUGAUGCGAGAGUCCAUCUUGUUUUUUCCAGCGUCCGAAGUGGCGACGUGAGGCUGUCCGCAAAAAGCCACUCUUAGGUGCAGAUUUGUUGUCGCGAAAUUUUCAGUGUUCACCAUGAAGGCGCCUAACUCUUGAGACCACUCACUCACUCUGAUGGUGCUCGUGCAGUUACAUCCAAUCACUCAGAAGCAAUAGCAUGAUGAUUAGUGGAU